AGGCAGCAAUGUUUGCUGUGUGAUGAAAGCAUAAAGACACCUCUUGUUGUACACUCUUUUAUUCUCUGUUAUAUAUCGUACAUAUGCACACAUAUCAGACAUGAACUUGCUCAGAAUAAUAGUACUCUGUUAGUAAUGUGUCUGCACAACGUGGCAGCAAACAUUAAAGCAGUCCCUGCUUCCCGGCCGACUGGAGUUCAUGUCAAAGGUUAAUGAGCUGCUCCUGCGAGAUCAACCCGCUGAACUCAUCUGUCACAGCGAGCGCUCAGGGAAAUGAACUGGCUAAUGAAAUGAAAAGAGGGAGAGGAUGUGACAAGUGAUCAGCAUUUAACAGUUGGCUGGAUGUGGAAAUGAGAAUAGUGCUUUAGCGUUUUGGUUAUAAAGGAAAGCAAGCUGUAAUUUGAAGCAAAGCCAUUAGAUAGGAGUCAAAUGAUAGCACAAAUGUUGUUCCACCAAAACACACACUUACAUAUAUAUGUCAUCUGUUUCCAUCAGUCAUUCGUAUUUUAUUCAUCCACUCCAUGAGAUUGUAGACACAUACUGCCCUAAAAAUGAUUCCAUACAUCACAAACCAGUGGAUAGGAACCACAAACCACGUAUGCAUACUGCCCUUUGACCGGUUUUUAUAUUGGUGUGAGUGUUAUAAAGAUGAGCAGAGGAAGUGGCUGUUUACAAGUGACAACAUGGAGCUUGGGAGGUUACUACAAGCAAGUCUAACUUUUUUAAUCCUUAUAACCAGCAGCUGUGGAGGACACAUCAAAUCAGGACACUCUGUGAAAAUGGACCAGACUUUGUUAACAUUUCAUAAUCAGCUUCCUGAUGAAGUGUUUGUCUUCUACACCUCAGAUUAUUGCUACAAGUGUGUGUUCCAGCAUUUGGUCAGUGUGAAAGGUGGCAACAACAACGCAUCUGCAGUGAUCAGCACCAAAUUCACUUUGACCUUGCGAGUGGAUUCAAAAAUUAGGAAUUCUACUAUUUGCAGGUGGAGUCAGAUAUAUGAGGAAGGUGGUCAUUACUCAGUGUGGAUCGAGGAGAUAGACGCUGCCAGUAAUCCCAGCUGCAGUCACACUGUGGAUAAAAGACCAAACAACGCACACCUGCCUCUUCUGGUGGCAGUUCUCUUGCUGGCCAUAAUCGCACUCUUGUUUGUUGUGGCACCUUACAUCUACAGGAGACGUCGCACAUCAAAAUUUAUUAAGACCAUUUGCUGCCAAGGCUCUCAGGGCUCAGUGGAUAAUGAUGGAGCACAUGCUUCUGAAGCUGAACACAACGCUUCUAAACCAAAACCAACACGUCUGCGCUCACUGGACACUUUCCGAGGGUUUGCCCUCACUGUGAUGGUUUUUGUGAACUAUGGCGGAGGAGGCUACUGGUUCUUCCAACAUGCACCGUGGAAUGGUCUAACUGUGGCAGAUCUUGUGAUGCCAUGGUUUGUGUUUAUCAUUGGGACUUCAGUGGUGUUGGCUUUCAAAUCCAUGCGAAAGAGAGGAGUGACCCGCCUGCAGCUGCUGCGCAAAAUCUCCUGGAGAACAGUCGUCCUCCUGAUUCUCGGCUUCUGCUUCCUCAACUAUUCUCCAAGAGACGGACCACUGUCCUGGUCCUGGCUGAGGAUCCCUGGAGUGCUGCAGCGUCUGGCCUUCACCUACUUUGCUCUGUCUCUCCUGCAGACUUUCUGGGGCCAGGAAGAAAUCCCAUUGAAAGAGUAUCACUGGUGGAACCCCAUCCAGGAUGUGGUCCUGUAUUGGCCACAGUGGCUGAUUAUCAUCCUUCUGGAGACUCUGUGGCUGUGCAUCACCUUCCUCCUGCCUGUACCCAACUGCCCAACUGGGUAUUUGGGAGCCGGUGGAAUUGGUGAUAAUGGCCUUUACCCAAACUGCACUGGAGGCGCCGCAGGACUCGUUGAUAGAUGGAUGUUUGGUGAUAACAUGUACAGGUACCCCACAUGCAAAGAAAUGUAUCACACCACACAGCCCUUUGACCCAGAGGGGGUUCUGGGUACAAUCAACUCCAUUGUCAUGGGAUUUCUGGGGAUGCAGGCGGGGAAAAUUAUCAUCUGCUUCAAGGGGAUAAACUUCCACAUCCUCUGCCGAUUCCUAGUGUGGGCUGUCAUCCUGGGAAUCUCUGCAGCCAUCCUUUCUAAGUGCACACGAGACGGAGGAUUUAUACCUGUCAAUAAAAACCUUUGGUCAAUUUCCUAUGUGACGUGUAUGGGCUGUCUCUCCUUCCUGCUGCUGGGAGGCAUGUACUUUGUCAUUGAUAUCAAGGGCUGGUGGGGAGGACAGCCAUUCAUAUAUCCAGGCAUGAACUCCAUUUUUGUGUAUGUUGGCCACUCUCUCCUGGGUUUCUACUUCCCAUUCAGCUGGGAGAUGCGCUUCCAGGAGAGUCACUGGGAGUGGCUCUUCCAAAACCUGUGGGGAACUGCACUGUGGGUGAUCAUCGCCUACCUGCUGUACAGAAAGAAAUUCUUCCUCAAAAUAUGAAAAGGGAUGAUUACUUGUCUCUCUCUCACUCUGUAAAUGCAAUUAUCUUUUUUUUUUCCUAUUAAAAACAAGUACUUGUCAUGGUUGGAUAAGUAUUAUAACAUCUAUGUAAGUAAAAAAGCUGGCUCACAGUUCUUGGCCUAAUCAGUUUAGUUUAAUUCUUAUUGAUGUACAGCCUGCCCAGACACACAGCUGCAUGAAGUGCACAGAUAUUCCAUAAUA